CUGCGGAAGGGGCGGGCUUGGAUCUGCAGGAAGUCCCGUGUUGAUGAUGGCUCUAUUGCCGAAGGGCCUGUAGCAGGGGUCCGGGCUCUUUCUUUGGCUUGAUUGCUGCCCAGCCCCCGACCCAGCAGUCCCGGUGAGAUUGCGGCGGCCACUCCGCUCGCCGCCAUGCACGACGCCUUCGAGCCGGUGCCAAUCCUAGAAAAGCUGCCUCUGCAGAUCGACUGUCUGGCUGCCUGGGAGGAAUGGCUGCUUGUUGGAACAAAACAAGGACAUCUUCUUCUUUAUAGGAUUAGAAAGGAUGUUGUGUCAGCAGAUGUAGCAUCACCUGAGAGUGGCAGUUGCAACAGGUUUGAAGUGACACUAGAGAAAUCCAAUAAGAACUUCUCCAAAAAGAUUCAGCAGAUCCAUGUGGUUUCCCAGUUUAAGAUCCUGGUCAGCUUGUUAGAAAAUAAUAUUUAUGUCCAUGACCUGUUGACAUUUCAACAAAUCACUACGGUUUCUAAGGCAAAGGGAGCAUCUCUGUUCACAUGUGACCUCCAGCACGCAGAGACUGGUGAGGAGGUGUUGCGGAUGUGUGUUGCUGUGAAAAAGAAGCUGCAGCUCUAUUUCUGGAAAGACAGGGAAUUUCACGAAUUGCAGGGGGACUUUAGUGUACCAGAUGUACCCAAAUCCAUGGCAUGGUGUGAGAACUCUAUCUGUGUGGGUUUCAAGAGAGACUACUACCUAAUAAGGGUGGAUGGAAAGGGGUCCAUCAAAGAGCUCUUUCCAACAGGAAAACAGCUGGAACCCUUGGUUGCCCCUCUGGCAGAUGGAAAAGUAGCCGUAGGUCAGGAUGAUCUCACCGUGGUGCUCAAUGAGGAGGGGGUCUGCACGCAGAAGUGUGCCCUGAACUGGACAGACAUCCCGGUGGCCAUGGAGCACCAGCCUCCCUACAUCAUUGCAGUGUUGCCUCGAUACGUGGAGAUCCGAACAUUUGAGCCAAGGCUUCUGGUCCAGAGCAUUGAAUUGCAGAGGCCUCGUUUCAUUACCUCGGGAGGAUCAAACAUUAUCUAUGUGGCCAGCAACCAUUUUGUUUGGAGACUCAUUCCAGUCCCCAUGGCAACCCAAAUCCAGCAGCUUCUCCAGGACAAGCAGUUUGAAUUGGCUCUGCAGCUUGCAGAAAUGAAAUCUUGUUUCAGUUUAUCCUUAAAUUGCUGUGUUCCUUUCUGGGGAAUCCAUGCAGAUCCUACCCAUGUGAUGGGCCUGUACCCUGACCUGCUGCCCACGGACUACAGGAAGCAGCUGCAGUAUCCUAACCCACUGCCUGUGCUCUCUGGGGCUGAACUGGAGAAGGCUCACUUGGCUCUGAUUGACUACCUGACGCAGAAACGAAGCCAACUGGUAAAGAAGCUGAAUGACUCCGAUCACCAGUCCAGCACCUCCCCGCUCAUGGAAGGCACUCCUACCAUCAAAUCCAAGAAGAAGCUGCUGCAGAUCAUUGACACCACCCUGCUCAAGUGUUACCUCCAUACGAACGUGGCCCUGGUGGCCCCCUUGCUGCGCCUGGAGAACAAUCACUGCCACAUCGAAGAGAGUGAACAUGUGCUGAAGAAGGCUCACAAGUACAGUGAACUGAUAAUCCUGUACGAGAAGAAGGGGCUCCAUGAGAAAGCUCUGCAGGUGCUGGUGGACCAGUCCAAGAAAGCAAACUCCCCUCUGAAAGGCCACGAGAGGACGGUGCAGUACCUGCAGCAUCUGGGCACAGAAAACCUGCAUUUGAUUUUUUCCUACUCGGUGUGGGUGCUGAGAGACUUCCCAGAGGAUGGCCUGAAGAUAUUUACUGAAGACCUCCCAGAGGUGGAGUCUCUGCCACGAGACCGAGUGCUUGGCUUCUUAGUGGAGAAUUUUAAGGGCCUGGCUAUUCCGUAUCUGGAACACAUCAUCCAUGUUUGGGAGGAGACAGGCUCUCGGUUCCACAACUGCCUGAUCCAGCUGUACUGUGAAAAGGUGCAAGGUCUGAUGAAGGAGUAUCUCCUUUCCUUCCCUGCAGGCAAAACUCCAGUCCCCGCUGGAGAGGGAGGGGAGCUGGGAGAAUACCGACAGAAGCUCUUGAUGUUCCUGGAAAUUUCCAGCUACUAUGAUCCAGGCCGGCUCAUCUGUGAUUUUCCUUUUGAUGGCCUCUUAGAAGAGCGUGCUCUCCUCCUGGGACGCAUGGGGAAACACGAACAAGCUCUCUUCAUCUAUGUCCACAUCCUGAAGGAUACCAGGAUGGCUGAAGAGUAUUGCCACAAGCAUUAUGACCGAAACAAAGAUGGCAACAAAGAUGUGUAUCUGUCCCUGCUCCGGAUGUACCUGUCACCCCCCAGCGUGCACUGCCUGGGGCCAAUCAAGCUGGAACUGCUGGAGCCACAGGCCAACCUCCAGGCCGCCCUGCAGGUCCUCGAGCUGCACCACAGCAAACUGGACACCACCAAGGCCAUCAACCUCCUGCCAGCAAACACUCAGAUUAAUGAUAUACGCAUCUUUCUAGAAAAGGUCUUGGAAGAGAAUGCGCAAAAGAAGCGGUUCAAUCAAGUGCUCAAGAACCUUCUCCAUGCAGAGUUCCUGAGGGUCCAGGAAGAGCGGAUUUUACACCAGCAGGUAAAGUGCAUCAUCACGGAGGAGAAGGUGUGCAUGGUCUGUAAGAAGAAGAUUGGCAACAGUGCAUUUGCAAGAUACCCCAACGGAGUGGUCGUGCACUACUUCUGCUCCAAAGAGGUCAACCCAGCUGAUACCUGAGCCCAGCAAGCCCAGGACUGAGCAGCGGACAGCUCAGCUCUCCCAGAGCAGGGAGGGCCCCAGCCUUGGGAAUCGGGGCUGCUGCCACCACCAGGCGUCUCCCUGAUUGGACACCACUGGCUCCCUUGUGCCCUGGAACAUCUCGGAAUUAAUCAGAUUCGUGUUCUGGUGAUGCCAGAUUUUUAAUAGAAAAAGAGAUUAGUUACACCUUGUAUUCCAUUCUGUUGCAGGCAGUUCUGAAGAAUUUAGUACCUGCUUGGACAGGAGGAGGUGGGGAAGGGCACCAUCCUGCCUCUGCAUUCCAAUCACCUCAACAAGGAAACUGUCUCCAGUGUUUGUAACGCUGGGGUUGUUUAUUCAGAGUUCUCUGUUGAGACAUGUGCAGGGCUUCACAGGCGCCCUCGGCUUGGGCGCCGGGGUCCUGGGAGGAGAGCAGUACUAGAGCCCCUCUGGCUGCAAAGGCCAAAUGGCCCGUCCUCCAGGUAACGCUGGUGGUCGCCGUGGUCGCCAGACCCUGUGUCCCCCCACCAGUCUCCUCACGCGGUUCUUUAAUUUUCAGUCUCCUUUUCUAUUUAUUUUCUUCACUUAUCUCUCCCCUCACUACCACUCAGGCUUUCUCUCCCAUUUUCCUGACACCAGAAAUAACUAAUACUUCAAAAAAGGUAAAAUGAGAAGCAGGAGGAAGUCCCAGUUUCUAGGACUAAUUGAAAAUUGAUUUUCAAGGAUGUAAAUAGAUCCUCUUUGGACUGUAUGCUCUCUGCCUAGAAGCUUAGGAGAGCAUCAUUGUUGGUCCCUCGGGGCCAAGUGUGAUGGUAGCUCUAAGGGUUAGCCCUGGGUAUAUAUCCUCUUGGCAGAUGCCCGCAGGGGCUCCUGCUCCUGGUUCAUCCACCAGCCACCCAGGGCAGGUUGGUUAAGGCUUUAUGAGCAGAAUGCUUUGUGCUUUGGGCAUCUUUCUCUCCCCAGCCAGUGUCACCCACCUACCUGACAGCCUGGCCUGGCUGUUGUUCUCCAGCUUUGUUUUGUAGGAGUUGGAGGAUUAUGCUGGGAUAUUGUAGGUAGGGGAUCUCUGCUGCUCACAAGGAAUGAUCAGACUGGGAACUGACAAUGACGUGAUGUCAGGCGUGCUUGUGAAGUGCUUGGGGACAGCCCAGAGUGCAGGCUGAGGACACACAGGGAGAGCGCUCUGCAUCCUGCCCUCCCUGGGGUUUUGCAGAUUCACUGUCUUGUUGCCCCAACUGUCUUUUAACGGUUAUGAGGGUGAGUGACAGUGCCCAAUACUGACACUCUUCUAGUGGCCUAUUGUUGACAUGCUGAGAUCCUUUUUAAACCGCAGCACCGUACUGUUUGGGGCCUAUGUUGUAGCCCGACUUGCUGGUGGUAUAGACAAGGCUGCUCCCAGGCACGCUGUCCAUGAAGGGUCAACUGGCCACGUGCCCCACCCCCCGGAAGCAGUGCUGCCCUGGGCCCUGUUUGCACCAGCUUGGACCAAGCUUCCUCCUGGAGCAGCAGCAGAAUCAUCAGGCCAGCCCCACGCUGUGCAGCAGAAACUGGCCCAACCCAUGCACCCUGCCUUCCUGGCCUGCUGUAUUUGUAUCUUCUGUUCCCACCACCUGUGUGGCGCCCGUGUUUGAAGCAAUAGAGUAAAGACGUGUGUUUCCUUCCCUUCUGGAAUACAAAAACGACUCCGUGUUCCUGAGCUCUGGUCUCCUUCCCCAGACUCCGCCCUCCUCGAGGGCGUGGAGAAGGCUGGAAGUAAACACUCUAGAGUGAGAACUGAUGAAGAGCUCCCAUAAUAAACACCAUGAAGUAAGAAA